AUGAUGAGCAAGCGCAUCUUCGUCGAUCUGGUCUCUUUUCAAGAUUGGCCGAGAUAUUGCUUUCGCUUCGAUUCUUCAUCUAUCAGUACGGUCUGGUCUAUCACCUGGACAUCUCCCAGCACAGCAAGAACUUUCUUGUUUAUGUCCUUUCUUGGAUUGUGAUUGUUGCAGUUUUCCUCUUGGUGAAGGCCGUGAACAUGGGAAGGCAACUAUUUAGUGCUAAUUAUCAGCUUGGAUUCAGAUUUUUCAAGGCAUUCUUGUUUGUGGCAGUUAUUGCCAUCAUCAUCAUUCUUUCGGUUAUAUGUGAACUCUCAUUGAUGGACAUUUUUGUAUGCUGUCUGGCAUUCAUGCCAACUGCAUGGGGCUUGAUACAGAUUGCACAAGCUGUGAGGCCAAAGAUAGAGCACACUGGGGUGUGGCAUUUCACCCGUGCACUUGCUAGAGAAUUUGAUUAUGGAAUGGGGAUUGUUCUAUUUGGACCUAUUGCUAUUCUUGCUUGGCUACCAAUCAUCAAAGCCUUCCAUGCUCGUAUCCUCUUCAAUGAGGCAUUCAAAAGGCACUUGCAAAUACAACCAAUUCUUGCUGUGAAAAAGAAGAAGCAUAGACCUUGAUCCUCAUUCUUGAUUCUUUGUACUUGAUUUUUGUAUAGACAAGUCAUAUCAUAAGAUUCUAUAGGAUAAAUAUAGGAAUUAGAUAUCGGUUAUUAUAGUAUGUACAGCUGCAUAUUCAUGUGAUACAAUUAGACAAAUCAAAUUCAUAAAUGUAGAAAGAGUUGUUUGAUUCUCAUCUUGUAAUAGACUGGAUAGGUUUCAUGUAGGUAGAGUUAGAAUAUAGAAUUAAGAAUUUUAUUGACAAGUAUACAAUGGGAUAUAAAUGUACGAAGCAGCAUUGAGUAGGCCUCCAACUGACUCCAUUGUUAUUUCUAAUAACAUCAAAAAAAUAAUCUAUUACCUCUUUUAUGAAA